AUGCAAUCUGAAAUUGACGCCCUUGAGGCCAAUCGUACUUGGUCCAUCACUCCUUUGCCUAGUGACAAGAAAGAUGUGGGUUGCAAAUAUGUGUAUAAAGUUAAGUUGAAAUUAGAUGGCACCCUUGACAAGAAUAAAACAUGCUUGGUAGCAAAGGGGUACACCCAAAGGGAAGGUUUUGACUACCAAGAGACCUUUAUUCCAGUGGCCAAUAUGACAAUAGUUCGGCUCUUCCUUGCUUUGGCAGCAAUCAAUAAUUGGCAUCUAGUCCAACUUGAUGUACACAAUGCUUUCCUUCAUGGCGAUUUGGAUGAAGAGAUUUACAUGGAUUUACCACCAAGUUAUAUGGUCUAG